AAACGUGCUGCCAAGUUCUUUCUUCUUUUUCCACUGUACGGCACUGAGCUUUUUUUUUUUUUUUUUUUCUGAUGUAAGAGUGCCCAAAAAAUAGCAUGGGGGAUUAUAGCCCUCAGAAAGCAAUAUGUAAAUAUCUGGCUGCCUCAAAACAAAACAAAAAACCCUGCUUACAUGGGGCUUGGGCUCUGACUUUAUUUUGGGCUCCUUUUUUGUGGUUGAGUAAAUAGCAAAGGGAACGAAUGCUGAUGUCAUUUGUACAGACCCAGCUAAUGAGAAGGGGUCAGGGUGGGGAGGUGGAGAUUACGUGGGGAAACCGAGCGCGCCUUCCAUCCCCGAAGCCGGCUUUUAUCAAUAACACUGCAAGUUUGGCUCCUGGCCUGCCUGCGGUGAGCCUCCGAGAAAUGAUCUCAUCUCUCCUUCACGGUCUGCCUGCCGCCUGUGACGGGUCUGACUCCGGCUGCCGCGUAUCGGAGCGUGCCCCCCACGGAUAAAUAGAGGGGUUUGUUUCGCCGCCUCCUCACACUGCCACGAUGCACCCGUCGGCCCGGGGGGGAUCAGGAGCCACCAUGCUCCUGGGGCUGCUGCUGCUGCUGCUGAUGGUGAUGUCCCGCUCGGCCCAUGCAGCCAUCCUGGAAGUGAACGGAAACCUGAGCUGUAGGUGCGUAAAGACAACUUCAGACUACAUCAGCCCAAAGAGAUAUGAAAGCAUUGAGAUAAGACCCGUGGGAAGCACCUGCAGACGUACAGAGAUCAUAAUUAAAUUAAGAACCUCGGCAAAAGUGUGCGUGAACCCCGAGGCCCCUUGGGUAAAGAAACUACUGAAGCGUAUUGUGAGCACGAAGAAAAAAUAAGUUUCCUGCUGAGGAAGUUGAUGCUCAGAGCCCCGAGGCAGACGGCCAGAUGAUGCACAGGCGUGGAAACCUGGCCGCUCCUCGCUCUGCCCCUGCUUCCCCCUUUCCCAAAAGCCAGAGCCCCGUGUCUGGCCCUGCGGCAGCCGAGCUGCUCCCUGUACUCACAGACGUGUGAGUGUUGGGAGCGAACCCUUCCUUUGUUCCCCUGCCCGUGCACUUCGAAGUCUGUGUUUUUCAGGGGCUAUUCCCACCUCCCUUGAGAGACCCUUUGAGAGCACUCGCCAGCAGAGCGUAUGUCUUGUCUCUCCUACAGGGCGGUGCCUGGUGUCCUGAGAGCUCGAGUCAAAUAAAAUCUGGGCUUUUCUUCUG